AUGUCGCGACGGUCUCGAGGAAGCAACACAUGGGAGGUGCGUGCAUCGACGUUGGCUCGCAAUACCCAUAACCUGAUAAGGGACAUCGUCGAGAACCUUCAGGUAGAGCCAAACCCUGAGAAGCAGCUCAUAGCUCUUUCAGUUGGUGAUCCGACAACUUUUGGAAAUCUUAACCCUCCCGAGCAAGUACUGCAAGCUGUUCGGGAGAGUAAUGAAUGGCUUAGCAGUCGCAGUUAUGGCCCUGCAAAGGGACACAUCGAAGCCAGGGUGGCCGUAGCGCAGUACAGUGCCCACCAGGGAGACAUUUCACCCGAAGACGUCAUCCUGUGCAGUGGGUGCUCACAUGCAAUAGAACUUGCUAUCACAGUGAUCGCAGACUCAGGACAAAAUGUAUUGGUUCCCCGUCCUGGCUUCAUGAUAUACAAGACUGUCGCUGAAGGAUUAGGCAUUAAUAUCAAACAUUAUAACUUAUUGCCAGAUCAACAAUGGAAGAUAGAUCUCGAGGAUCUAGAGAACCAGAUAGAUGACGACACCGCCGCUAUAGUCGUAAUAAAUCCUUCAAAUCCAUGCGGCUCGGUGUAUGACAAGGGGCAUUUAUACGAGAUACUUGAUAUAGCAUCGAGGAACCACGUGCCCAUCAUUGCUGAUGAAAUAUAUGAACAUUUUGUGUUCUCAAAUAAUGAAUUCACUGCAUUAUCAGCCUUAUCGGUAGAUGUUCCGAUACUAACAUGUGGUGGCCUUACGAAAAGGUUUUUGGUACCUGGCUGGCGUAUGGGAUGGGUCAUUAUCCACGACAGACACAAUAUAUUCGGGAAAGAAGUUCGUCAAGGUUUGUCGAACUUGGCCUCUAGAAUUUUAGGGCCAAACACAUUAAUACAGAGGGCAUUACCAGCAAUCCUGACAUGCACUCCACAAAGCUUUUUCGACGAGGUUGUGUUGUUUAUAGAGAACCAAGCGAAAUUGGCAUUUGAUGAACUACGAUGCGCACCUGGCUUGCGUCCUAUAAUGCCACAGGGUGCUAUGUACAUGAUGAUUGAAAUCAAAUUGUCCUUAUUUCCAAAUUUCAAGAAUGAACUACAAUUUGUUGAACGCCUGGUCGCCGAGCAGUCGGUGUUUUGCUUACCUGGACAGUGUUUUGCCUAUCCCAACUUUAUGAGGAUCGUUUUGACUGUGCCCGAAGCUAUACUGCGAGAGGCUUGCAAGAGGAUGAUAAUCUUCUGCAAAGACCACAUCGUAUCCAGAGAGACCAUCAAGGAAAUUGAGAGUGAUAUAGUAACUGUACCAAGUGACAACGAAGUCAUCUGUGACAACGAUACUGCACAUGUUGCUUAG